AUGGCAUUCUUGUUAUUAACACAUGAGCUUAAGAGCAACUCCAUUGGUGAAGUCUUGGAGAGGUGGAACUUCCGUAUCGAGACUGAUAGUGAAGUUGUUGAGAAAGGGGGGUGUCGAGGGAGAAGAGUGAUAAAGGAGAUAAUGAGGGAGAUCCAAGUUAUCAUGCGACAGGUUGCUUCCGGCAUUACUUACUUGCCUUGUCUUGAUGAACCUUGUGUGUUUGAUGUCGUAUAUACGGACACGGAUGUGGCUGUUCCAUUCACCUGGGUUGAAAGCGACCCCAAGUUAAUUGCCAAUCCUCAGAUGGUUAAGCUACACGCUUUUGAUACCAAGAUUCACAAAGUGGACACGCUCGUCUCAGACAAGAACGACGAAUGGGAUGAAUAAGGAGUAGUAACACUCGCGUGAAUCCUUUAUUCACAUCUGUGUUGUUUUCUGUUUUGCUCUUUCUUAAAUGUGUCGGCAUCAUGUACCUUUGUUCCUUUAUGUUUUUUUUUCCAAUAAAUAUCAGCUUUCUCACUCUGUUUUGUUUUGCUUACCAACCAAGUUUAUCUUAGAUUCAGUUCUUUAAAAGUCCAAUUUCUGAAAAUUAACAAUCAAAGGAUGGAAUGUACAAAGGAAACAUAUAUACAGGGACUCUGAUCGAGAAAAAGAAGAUACUAUUUUCCUCAUCACUGCCUGCUG